UUUUAAAAUAAUGUUUUGAUGGAUAUUAUCUCCUUCGAAAAGUGCUGUUUUUGAGACAUACGGCGCGCGGAUGCGUAAACGCUCUUAACCAAAUCCAAAGGGGUCCAAGGGUAAUCUGCCGUAAUAACGGACUCCAAAGGAAGUUAUAUAUUCGUCGUAUUUGUUUCUUUUUCUCAUGUUUAGGGAUAAGUUUUCCCCGUGGUCCGAUUGAAAUAAUUAUUUUUGUGUUCGAUUUUGUGUAGCUUCAGAAUGAUCUCAUUUAAAUUUCUUAGGUCUUGGAUUUCGAAAAUGCAGGAGGGUAUUCCACAAAAUCAAAUUGAUUUUUGAUAUUUCUUUUCAUGUGGUUUCAGUGGGGCUACAUUCAACAUAAUAUACUACCAUAACAUAUUAUCAUUGUUUCACCUUGAAUUUCAAAGAUACAGCAGGGAACUCUUCAAAUAAAAUUCUUUUUAUAUUUGGUUCUAAUAGAUGUGUUUUAUAACUCACAAAAAGUAAAAACUCUCAUACCCGCAGGUACAGAGGCGCAGCACGUGUACCUAUUUUACACUAUGUGUACAUAUUCCGUCCGUUCCGUUCCGUUUCAUAUGGAAUUAUUGUAAAAAUACUACGUAGGCAUCUAGUGUGUAUCUACAGUUUUGUACACACAUGUAGUUACGUAGUACAUAAUAAUUCCAUGGGUACUUACGUAUUACCAGUUGUGUUGCCAUGGGAAUAUUUAUAUAAACAAAAUAAGUAAUUAAAAAAAUAUAAUUUAACAUCAGCUAGAAUAGUUUCCUAUAAUGAUGAUAAUGCCAAUAGUGUUAAAAGACGAGAAACGAUAAAGAAAAUCAUUAUUUAUGAUAUGACACCUGCGAAACCAUGCGCGCGCAACUGAUUGAGGUAGGAUAGGGUACACCUGUUUAAGUUUUCAUUAAUGGUGUGUAUUUCAGCAAUAUCGAGGUUAAGUUGAGUAAUAACAAGUUAAUGAGAUGAUUCAUUGUAGUACGUCUGAGCAUCGAAAUAUUCUGUUAAGAAAACUUGAAAUAAGUGUCUGGUUAUAUAUCAUAUAAUAGUUGUCGGAUUACAAAUGGACAAAUGCAUAACAACCAACCUUUCACCAAGACCUCAGCGAAGACUACAUGGUUUCCAGCUGCCGUUGAAUUACCAGCAAGUAAUUGGUUGGAUUGUGUUGUUAGCAACAGCGUUAAUGAAUUUUAUAGUUCUUAUAAAAAUUCAAUUCUACGAACUUAAAAUGAUAGCACUGAUAGUGUAUAUUGUGUUAUACUUAUCACAUAUUUUAUCACACGUAUCCGCUUCGCUGAUAGAUCCCAGUGAAAAGGACUUGCGAAAACUUAAAAUUAGCAAUGUUCCUGAAUUUGAUAGAAGCAUUCAUGCACACGUCAUCGAAAACGGAAGAUGUCAUUUAUGCAACAUACAAACCAGUAGUAGAAAUACGAAACAUUGUAGUGUUUGUAAUAAGUGCGUAGAUCAAUUUGAUCAUCAUUGCAAGUGGCUAAAUAACUGCAUUGGACGUCGAAAUUAUUUACCGUUCAUUGCGAGCGUCACAACUGCGCUGAUGAUAUCAGUGUUUACGUCAUCGUUGUGUUUAGCCGAUAUAGUAUUUUUCUUUACAGACCCACAAAAGUUAAGUUCAGCAGGACAGAAUUUUAUAAAUUGUUCUACUUUAAAGGAAACGACAUCUCGUAAUUAUUGUAAAAUAUCCUUGCCACUUUUGGCAUUUUUAGUAGUAUUUUGUCUUGUUGCAUUUGGAAUCGCGUGUGCCUUACUACAUUUAUGCUGUUUCCACGUUUAUAUAUCCAUGUUAGGUGUAUCUACAUAUGAAUAUGUAAUGAAAAAUGUAUCGCCUAGUGCAUUGAAAUUUGUAAAUUGCUGUACAUGUCGCAGAAUGAAUUUGUCCAACACGUACGUCAAGAAAAAAACGCACAAGCAAACAAGUGAAUUGGAAAACAUAGAAAGUGGUGCACUAGAAAAUAAGAUAGAAAGCACAAGUAGUUCGUAUCAAAAUGAAAGCAGUAAUGCUUCAAACCUCAUUAUAUUGAUUAACAACGAAUUAGAUAAAGCUAGAAAAAUGUUUAUAUUUGAUAAAAAUAAAAUACAUCCACAGGAUGAGAAUAUAGGCUGAUAGAUCAACUUGUAUGGUUUAAGAUACUUAAUUGUGUAACAAUAAGAUUGAAUAUUUUGUAAUAAAAAGUAAUUUAUAUGUAAUGAAGUUAUUACUGAUACGUCAUUUAUAUAAUUAAUCAUAAGGUAUGUGACAGCGCGGUUGUAAUUUUACGCCAUUGCAAUAGGUACUUACAUUUAUAAAUAGUAUAAUAAAAUAUUUUGUUGAAAACAA